AUGAAUUGUUCAAAUGAAGUAGUAUACCGCAAAAAAUUAAAUUCGAAACAACCGUGGAAAUGUGGAAGCUGUGCAUGUCGUCGUACUAUUAAAGCUAGUGAAGCGGACGACACUGAGGGGGCUACUACAUUGUCCUCUAUAAAGUCUGAAUUAUUGGCAGAAAUUAAAAGGUUGGUGAAACCAUUGAGUGAAUCUAUAUCGGAACUCAAAAAAGAUGUAAGUGAACUCAGAAAUUUCGUUCAACAUGUAUCUGAUAACUAUGAUAAUAUUUUAACUGAGUUGAAGAGCUUUAAAAGUGAAUUAUCUACCGUUAAGCAUAACUGCGAGGGGUUAAGUCGACAACUUGUUGAGAAAAAUGGGGAAAUAUUAAAUUUGUCUACCCAGCUUAAUCAGAUGGAGCAAUAUGUUCGAAAUAAAAAUUUGAUUAUUAGUGGAAUUCCAUUAAUGCAAAAUGAAAAUUGUAAAGACAUUGUGAUGAAGGUUGCUGCCCAACUAAAUGUUGUUUUGGAUCCGGACGAAGUUGAUGUUGCACAUCGUUUGAAAACUAACAAAAAUACUACGCCCCUUAUUAUAGCCCAAUUUACUAGAAGAUCAUCUAGGGAUGCGUUACUUGCUAAAAAGAAACUAGUCGUGACUAAUGCUUUCUAUCCAGGCCUGAAAAUUGGUGAAUCUAUUUUUCUAAAUGAACAUCUUACACCUCUAAACAACAAGCUGCUAAUGCUGGCCAAGAAAACGGCGCGUGUCAACGGCUUCAAGUUUGUAUGGUUCAGGAAUAAAGUUAUGGUCAGGAAGGAUGAAAAUUCUCCAGCGCUUUCAAUUGAUACUGAACAGGACCUCUUGAAAAAGGUCGGUCAGUCCUCAAUUUGA